AGGUGCCAUAGCAACAUUUAUUGUUGCUCAGAAGGUGGGCUUGCAGAGUGGGAUCGCUGGGCUUUCUUCGUCAUGCUAUGAUCGUUUAUGCUGAAACCAGUUCGUAGUUACGUAGAAGCAAUGGAUCAAUGGCGACAGUCAUUAUCGACGUUCAAACAGAAAUAUCCUGAUAAAAGCGGUGCGGUCGAUGCGAUGCUAGAGGGAACUUCCGGUGAUCAUCAAUGGUAUCAGAUGAAUCAUCAUCGGCCAACAUUUUGUAAUUUCUGUCGAGAAAAACUAUCGGGUCUAACGUGGCAUGGAUGGUCAUGUGAAAUAUGUAAGAUGAAAGCUCACAAGAAAUGCAUUCCACAAAUUGUCGAGCGGUGUAAAUGGACAAUUGAAUGCACGAUUCCUAGUCAUCUACAGUAUAUUAGUCCUGAGAAUUCAAUAGUAGCUCACCAAUGGGUCGAAGGUAACCUUGCAAUGUCGUCAAAGUGCGUAGUUUGUGAGAAAGUUUGCGGCUCGGUACUCAAACUUGCGGACUGGAGGUGUCUAUGGUGUGCAUGUUGCGUGCAUUCAUCAUGCCUUUCUCAAUUAGGACGUGGAUGUUCAUUGGGACCAGCAUCACUUUCUGUACUGCCACCACUUGCAGUCAAAGAUGUUAGUGAAGAUGGUGUUGCGCAGAUUCGAACAGAUGCAAUAGGUGGAGAAUGCGGGGGAGGUUCGCCACUUCUUGUUUUGGUAAACUCGAAAUCCGGUGACAAUCAAGGGCAACGUAUGGUUCGCAAAUUCAAGCGAUUGCUCAAUCCGCUGCAGGUUUUUGACAUCAUUGCAACUGGACCGGAUUUUGCGCUUUCAUUCUUCGAUACCCUUGAUUGCUUUCGUGUUCUUGUAUGUGGUGGUGACGGUACGGUAGGAUGGGUGUUGGGAGCGUUCGACAGACUUGGCUUGCAUAACAAGUGUCAACUUGGCAUUCUACCGCUUGGAACCGGAAAUGACCUAGCUCGAGUACUUGGAUGGGGACAUGCGUUCUAUGAUGACACACAGUUACCUCAACUUAUAAGAACAUUUGAGAGAGCGCAUACUAGAAUGUUGGAUAGGUGGAGCAUUCUUUCAAUCGAGGGACCUCAAGCUUCAGCUGUUAGCCAGUACGAAAGGACGAUCAUGAAUGAGGUGCAAGCUGUACUGGAUGCUGAUGAACCGUUGGAAGUGUUUAAAACUGUCAAGUCACUGUGUGAGACCGUACGUGGGCUAAUGGAGCGAAUUAAUGCGACAUUUACCAAAGUCGAGGAAUGGGAAAGGGAAGCGGGACAUCUGCCAAGUGAUCCAAUAACAGAGAAAUGCUCUACUCUGUUGCAAAAACUUGAUAUAUUGAUGCAGUCGCUGGGAGCUGAAGAGCGAAAACGAGAGGAGAGCGGGUUUGAGCCAGAAGAUGAUGAAAGAACUUCGAGUGAGGAAAGGAGACGGAGAGAUUCCCUUGUUGGACGAGCCAAUAGCUUGAAGAAAGCGUUAAAGGACAUAAUGAGCAUAGCUGAGCGAGGGAUUGAUCAACAUACUCGAGCUAGUGGUGCAACAGCGAAACGUGAACGUUUCCGAAAGAAGCGCAGCAAGACCAUACCAUCUGUUCUAAAAGUCUCUUCCUCAAAUUUGUCCUCAUCGUCUGCCUGCACUCCGCCAGGCAGUCCAUCACCGCAACAGUCACGACCUCGUCAUCUUGAUCGACUUACUGUAAGAGACACUGCCAGUCAAAUGAGUCAAACAAGCGGAAUUGGAGUUUCACCAUCGCAGUCAUCGAAUCCAGGUUUUUCAACGGGUGAUACAUGUGAUAUAGCGCAAGAGACACCAUCACCUCUACCAAAUGGUUAUAGUGAUCGAGGUGAAAGCGACUCGAAGGAGGCUACUACAAUAGAAAGGAGUCCAUGCAUUGGACGAGUCGAGCCACCAACACCUGGCGGUACGCGAGAGCCAUCAACCGCUGGUGAGCCAGAUCGACCACCAGUUGAUGACUCCGAUCACGCUCAUGAAUCAGCCUCGGAAAGGUUAUUCAAACCUUCUUCAGAAUGUGAACUGUUUGCUGGCGAUGUAAGAACAACGUCAGAUAUCAAACUAAGCCAUUCGGAUAGCAGUAUCUAUGAAGGUUCAACGUGUUCACGCGCCCAAGAUUGCACAUAUAGUCGUCCACGAUUGAAACAUUGCAAAAAGUUGGACACUCUGCCAAAUGUGAAAAGAGGUUUGCUGUCGACGGGUUUAGCUGGUGGAUCUCUAAUUGCCGAGGUGCUUUUGUUAAAUGCUCGUGUUUGCGGUUUGGGAGUAAGUCCAAAGGAGUGCCAUACACCUUUAGACCAGUACAAGGAAUUAAAAGUGAUGAACAAUUAUUUUGGGAUUGGUCUGGAUGCAAAAAUCGCCUUAGAGUUUCAUAAUAAAAGAGAAGAGUCAGAUAAGACCCGAAGCCGCUCGCGCCUGUUUAUGUGGUACGGUAUUCUGGGUGGCAAAGAGUUGAUGCAUCGAACGUAUCGUAACUUAGAUCAGCGGAUACGGUUAGAGUGCGAUGGCAAACUGAUUGAUCUUCCUUCCCUUCAAGGCAUUGUGAUAUUGAACAUUCCUUCUUAUUCUGGUGGCGCCAAUUUUUGGGGUAGUGCCAAAGAUGAUGGAUACAACAUACAGAGCUUUGACGAUCGGUUACUGGAGGUUGUGGCAUUAUUUGGUGUGAUCCAUGUUGCCACAAGUCGUGUGCCAAAUGUUGUGCGUUUGCAAAAUCAUCGCAUUGCUCAGUGUCGACAUAUUCGAAUUGUAAUUAUGGGUAACGAUCCCAUCCCAGUACAGGUCGAUGGUGAACCUUGGCUUCAACCGCCUGGAAUUAUGCAGAUUGUUCAUAAAAAUCGCGCCCAGCUGCUGGUACGAAACGCUGCCUUCGAUGCAACCUUGAAGAAAUGGGAAGAGCAAAAAGAACGCAAUACGGCGCCAUCUACGCCAACAUCAGUGACGGCACCCGGCAUGCCUGGUGAAGAUGUGCCUUUCGUCCGACGUGCGACCGAAUUCGUGGAGCUGAUCGAGAGUGAAAUCGCUCAACUUGGCGUGAGCGAUGCUCUUCUGAAGGCACUGGACAAAGCUGCAAGCUCUGUACGAGAAGCAGAGAAUGAGCCUGACUACGAUAGUCCCAAAGGUCAAGAUCUCCGUGAAGAGGCGUUAGCUGCUAUAGAGAUGGUUGCAGAUAGACUGGAAGAUCACUUCGGAUGGACGGAACAUACCAGAGUGCCCGCGGGCCAACCCCGCCUUGGACCCGCCCCAGUAUUCAACUUUGAAGUGCAUGGUGAUGAGCCAGAGCAUUGGCGUUACGUUCUCUGCAGUAUACGCCAAGAGAUCAGCCGUGAAGAAGGUGCGCUGAAAGAGUUACGAGCGGUAGAUAGUGGGCAUCGGAAAAGGAGUCGUUUCACUGAUUGGAUUACACGAAAAUGGAAACGACGAACAGGAGCACCGUCAACACAUGUAACCACAUGGUCGCUGGAAGAUGUAUCUAACUGGUUGGGAUCUCUGGGUCUGUCACAGUAUGCAAGUCAAUUCAAAGCCAAUGAGAUUCGUGGUCAUGAACUUAUUCACCUAACACAGACAGAUAUGACAGAUUUGGGUGUGCACAAGAUUGGGCAUGCUAAGCGGUUGCUGUCCGCGAUUUCCGAGUUACGAGAGAAAGAUAUGGAAAUACGCCGCGAGAGCCGGCGCAGCGGUCGCAAAGGCACGAGUCUUUCUGUAGAGAGACCUCUUGUUGAACCUGCACCCGAGCUACCGAGCCUCAGCAGCAUCUGACAUCUGCAAUUUCUGCUCAGGACCAAAAUGACCAUGCAGACUGCAAUUGGAUGUCUACGUGCUCUCGCCGCUUUUCGUUUCUCACUGACGCUGGGACGUCAUCAAGUAUAAAGUAACUGACAAUCAGUUAAUAAGUAA